AUGUGGGUUAGUGUAGUGUACGAUACGGCAAGUAAGACGAUGGAAAUAUCGCGUACAUGGCCUUUCCCGAUGGGGCGGUGCCUUGCACCGAAGGAAGAUCACCGCUACUUUCGGAGGAAACAAUAUACACUUCACUUGGUGCAUUCUCUCAACUCGGAAGGUGGCAGGGACCUUCCCCCACUGGAUGGUAAAAUAUACGACGCCCACCUACUAUUGUCUAGCAGUUUUCCCCGACCAGGUGACUCCCACCAGCGGGCCACCGCCCCAGCCGGGACAAGCUCCAAGCUCCCGGCUUGUGUGGUAGUUGUGCGUAAGGGAGGUAGGAAAGAUCGAGCAUGCAAUGUUUGCUCGCGGGAAAACAACAACGGAGAGAUAAUGAGCGGCCGGCGCUUGUGGACUGUCAUGCGUCACAACACACCCCAUCUCCUCCUCCUCCUCCUCCUGCUCCUUGCAACUCCGCGCCUCGAAAGUAUAAACUCACAAUCUGCAGAGGUAAGCGGUGGAAGUGGUGCCCCACGCAUCCUGCGCUUCUUGCGACCAUAA